AUGCCUCAGAAUUGGCUUUUGUUAGACCCUACAUGUCAUCACGACGAUGAAAAAUUGUUUGAACUUGCUGAUAAGUUUAUAAAUGCAAAAGACGACUACGGAUAUCCAAUGAUGUUCUAUCUUUGGGGACAUGCUUACGAGUUUGAAGCAAACAACAACUGGGAAAGAAUUGAAGAGUUUGCCGAAAAGAUUUCAGGUAAAGAAGACGUUUGGUACGCUACAAACAUUGAAAUUUGUGAAUACACUGAAGACUUUAAGCGCUUAAGAACAAAUGUGGACUUUACUAAGGUAUAUAAUCCCGCGGCAAGGACAAUUUGGUUUACCUACAGAGAUAAGCCCUAUAAGAUUGAGCCCGGGGAAGAAAUGUCAAUCUAA